AUGGAGGAACCUCCGCAAAAUGAUCAGACUAUGACGAGCCUGGAGGAAGACGACCCUCUCAACAGCACCAGCCCCCAGAUUUCCGUCAGUGAAUUUUCUUGCCACUGCUGUUAUGACAUCCUGGUCAACCCUACUACCUUGAACUGUGGGCACAGCUUCUGUCGGCACUGCCUAGCUUUAUGGUGGGAGUCAUCUAAGAAAACAGAGUGUCCUGAAUGCAGAGAAAAAUGGGAAGGCUUCCCUAAAGUCAAUAUUCUCCUCAGGGAUGCAAUCGAAAAAUUAUUCCCUGAGGCCAUCAGAAAGAGAUCUGAAGACAUCCAGCAGCACAAUGACAUCAUUCAAAGUCUCGCAGCCUUUCAGAAAUAUGGGAAUGAUCAGACUCCUGUCGUUCCCCACGCAGUCCGAGUGAAUCAGCAGAGAGGAGGGGGCUUCUUCUCCGGAGUGCUCACAGCUUUAACUGGUGUGGCAGUGGUCCUCCUGGUAUACCACUGGAGCAGCCGGGAGUCUGAGCAUGACCUCCUGGUCCAUAAGGCUGUGGCCAAGUGGACAGCAGAAGAAGUCAUCCUCUGGCUGGAACAGCUGGGCCCGUGGGCCUCUCUCUACAGGGCCAGAUUUUUAUCUGAGAGAGUAAACGGAAGAUUGCUUUUAACUUUGACAGAAGAGGACUUUUCCAAGGCCCCCUACAUCAUCGAAAAUAGCAGCCACCGACGAGCCAUCCUGACAGAACUGGAGCGAGUCAAAGCACUAGGUGUGAAGCCGCCCCAAAAUCUCUGGGAAUAUAAGGCCGUGAACCCAGGCAGGUCCCUCUUCCUGCUGUAUGCCCUCAAGAGCUCCCCCAGACUCGGUCUACUGUACUUGUACCUGUUUGACUACACAGACACCUUCCUACCCUUCAUCCACACCAUCUGCCCCCUUCAAGAAGAGGCCUCUGGAGAUGACAUCAUCACCAAGCUGCUGGAUCUCCGAGAGCCCACGUGGAAGCAGUGGAGGGAAUUCCUGGUGAAAUAUUCCUUCCUGCCCUACCAGCUGGUUGCGGAAUUUGCAUGGGACUGGCUGGAGGUCCACUACUGGACGUCGCGCUUCCUCAUCGUCAACGCCAUGCUCCUCUCGGUCUUGGAGCUGUUCUCAUUCUGGAGGAUCUGGUCACGGAGUGAACUGAGGACGGUGCCCCAGAGGAUGUGGAGCCAUUUUUGGAAAGUAUCGACACAGGGGCUGUUUGUGGCCAUGUUCUGGCCCCUCAUUCCCCAGUUUGUUUGCAACUGUCUAUUUUACUGGGCCCUGUACUUCAACCCAAUCAUUAACAUCGAUCUCGUGGUCAAAGAAGUCCGACGGCUGGAGACCCAAGUGUUGUGA